AUGUUUGCUGAUCAUGAUGCUCUCCAUAGUGUUCGUCAAUGCGCCUUACAUACUCUGCCCUGUGGAGAUGGCAUAUUAGUGUACUUGAGCUCGCACUCGGGCAACUUGUCACUCGGGGACCUCCGUGCUUCAAAGGCGGCAGAAGAACAGGACCCUGCCCUGGCACCGCGUGGAUGGUGGAAGGCAGGAACUGACCGGAAUCUGAAACACGGGUUAGGUGAUUUUCUCGCUGCAUUGAGAGAUAUAUUAGCAAAUGACCAUUAUGGCGAUCUCACUCAGUAUACGAUGGCAAGCGAGCAGCGAUGGCUGCUAUCCUCGCUGUUUUCGUCCGUCGGCGAUGCUUUAUCUGCGGACUCAGAGGGCUGA